AGAGGGGCAUUAGUGAGACAGCGCGCUUGUGCCAGUGACCUUCGUCCGCCUGUGAAUUAGAGUGAAUAGAGGCGCGAUCCACUUACCUGUGAAGAGUUCUGGCAUGGUUCAGUUUUUUUCUUUGGAUUGGUCCCAAUGACAGAAAUCACUGUCACCCCGAUAAUUCGAGAUGCCAUAAACCAUGCCAUCGAAGUCCCGGCAUGCCACGAAACUUUGCUACAAUCGAUUCAAAACCUCUCUGAAGCAGAAUCAAUACCCCUAGACGUCCUUGUCGACGUCUCGAAAUUGCUUGUUGCAGAACACAGUAACGUGCUGGCAAUGGACGAAGAUCAAAAAGAGACUACCUCCCACAUAUCCUCUGUAGACCCAACUCAAUAUUAUCUUCAUGAACUCAUGAAGGGGAGCUCAAUAUAUAGAACGCCUCUGAAGCGUCCAUCAAGGAACCCAGAACUGCAAGCUCGCUUGGACAAAAUAGCUGCCGACAAUCAAAACAAAGAGUACGCGCAGAUGGUCAAAUCAGUGGUUGGUUCAGAGAAGGACAAACUGGCAUUCAAGAUACCGCAUGAUGAAAUGCAGGAAAUACGUGGUCAUGUCACGGCCAUUAUCAAUGUCCUUUUUUCCAUCGUUGCCUGCUUUGGUGCUUUCUACAAAAUGAGCAGCGUGUUGACCUCAGACAUGGGAAUUCGCGUUCUUUUGUCCCUGUUUGGAGCGAUCAUUGUAGGCAUCGCAGAAGUGACCCUUUACAUGAGUUAUCUCAGAGUUGCGUUCAGCACACCCGACGACAAACCAAAAAAGAAAAAGAUGAAGGCGAAGACAAGAUAAUAGUUUCUCAAUUUUAAAAAAAAAAAAAAAAACCAAAGCAUUAGGUAUAAGCGCAUGUAGAUAGAAAAUGAACAAAAUACAAAGCAGGCAAAAUAAAAGAGAGAGAGAAGGUGGACGCAAAUGGCAGUUGGCCUAUGCUUUGACUUCUAUCUCUACACUCUCGUCUGU